UAGGGAAAAUUUUGGCAUCAAGAAAUCUUAAAUAUGCUAAAAUCGCUAAAAUGCUCGCGUACGCGAGUUCCUGAAGUGAAAUCCCGACCACAACGGAAAUGUCCGCUUCUUCCGCGAGAGUUCCAACGACAGUCCAUGACGAUUGCUUCAUGGGUUGUGAGUGACGGCGUGAGUGUUUGUUCUGUUGUGGAGGAAAAUAAAAUGUGUUUCACUUUGCCCCGUGUCACAGUGUGGCUGGAUUCGAGUGAUAUCAGGAGUGGAACGACAAAAGUAAAAGUACUGCCUUGUGGAGAGCAAAUGACGACGCUGGGGAGCGUGUGAGUGAGCGCGAAAGUGCCGAAUGGCAGCCGCUUGGACGAUGAAGAGUGGGAGGAAAUUGACGGUGGAAAAGGCCAACAGCCCAUGAGACUGGAAAGAAGUUGUCUGUUCCUCAGUUUAUGCAGUGUCUCCGUGUAGUGUGGAUCAGCCGUGCACAGUGCUUAUAGUAUCCCUUGAUGGUGUUCCGCUGGUUCAGCUCCCUCUACUGCAGGCUUUUCCCCCAGACUGACAGCAUGACCGUGUUCGAGAGGUUGCGAGAUCACCUGGCGCGCUACAAUCAAGAGCACCUGGUACAGUUCUGGGACGAUCUCACUGACGAUGAGAGGCGAGAGCUACAAGAGGACAUCCGAGAGUUCAAUCUGGAGGAAGUGCAGGACAUCUUUAGGCGGGCCAUUGCGGGCUUGCAAGACGCCAGCGAGAAGCUGGAUGAUCGGCUGCAGCCCCUGCCUGAGGAAAUGUGCAUGUCUGUGAAGCGCACGGAUCCCACACUCCUGCGAGAGUAUGAGAAUGAGGGUCUGAGACAGGUGGCGCUGGGGCAUGUGGGCGUGCUGCUGAUGGCUGGUGGCCAGGGCACACGUUUGGGCUUUCCCCAUCCCAAAGGCAUGUACGACGUUGGACUACCGUCCCGGAAGACACUGUUCCAGAUACAGGCUGAACGGAUUCGCAAGCUGGAGCGCCUGGCACAUGAUGCCACUGGUCAGCAGGGCCACAUUUCGUGGUACAUCAUGACCAGCGAACACACAAUGGAGCCGACGAGACGAUUUUUCGAGAAGCACGACUUCUUUGGACUACGCGAGGAGGACAUCGUGAUGUUUGAGCAGGGCAGUUUGCCCUGUUUUGACUUUGAGGGCCGCAUCUUAUUGGAUGAACGCCACCGGUUGGCCAAGGCGCCUGACGGUAAUGGUGGAAUUUACCGUGCUCUUUGCGAGCGUGGCAUUUUGGACGACAUGCAGAACAGAGGAGUGCUGUACCUCCAUGCUCACAGUGUGGACAAUAUCCUCAUUCGUGUGGCCGAUCCCAUUUUUGUGGGCUAUUGCGUCCAGCAGCGCGCCGAGUGUGCCGCCAAGGUGGUCGAGAAGUCUCAACCCAGCGAACCCGUUGGUGUGGUUUGCGUGGUAGACGGCAAAUAUCAGGUGGUGGAGUACAGCGAGAUCACCUCCAAGUCAGCCGAAAUGCGGAAACCCGAUGGCCGGCUAACCUUCAGCGCUGGCAACAUAUGCAAUCACUUUUUCACCACUGCAUUCCUCCAGCGAGUGGCUGCAGAGCACGAGAAGGAGCUGAAGCUGCAUGUGGCCCAGAAGAAGAUACCCUGGGUAGAUGGGGAGGGCGUGAAACGCACCCCUGAAAAGCCAAAUGGGAUUAAAGUGGAGAAAUUUGUCUUCGAUGUAUUCCAAUUUGCCGAGAAGUUUGCUGUAGUGGAAGUGGAGCGCAACGAGGAAUUCAGUGCACUGAAGAAUGCCGAUGGAGCCAAGAAAGACUGCCCAUCAACUGCUAGGCAAGACAUCUUCCGUCUCCAUCGGCGCUACAUCGAGAACGCUGGAGGCUCCGUGGAUGGUGACGCAUGUGAAGUAUCACCUCUACUCUCGUACUGUGGCGAAGGACUCACACAAGUCGUUCACGGGAAGACAUUCCGGAGUCCUGUGCAUCUGCAGAGUACCACGGAAACUCUGAACGGACACCUUUAGAAGCGCCGUGGA